AUGGUACUUGUAAAUUAGCUGGAAAUUAUUGCUAUUUACCCAAUAACGCUGACUUACUUAUGCUUUUCCUUUAGGAAUCAAAAUAAAUGCAUUCAAAUUAUUUUAUUAUUAUAAAUAUAUUAAUACUUUAGGAGCAUUUUGUUCAUUCAAAACAAAUGAUGACACUUACUCUUUUGUGAAAAGAUAAUUUCUUAAGCAUUUGCCCAGAAUUUAUAAUGAUGUAUAGGGUUAUUACUAAGGAAUUUGUGAAAAAGUAGUUAAUGCUGGAUAUCUAUCAUCUAAGAGAACGCGAUCAAUAAAUAAUUGGGAUUCAACAUUUUCUGAUGCUGUUUAUGAAUCACUUAAAGUUGUUGAUGAUGAUAACAAAUUUUGUUAUGGAGUCAGAGUUUUAAGGGCGGUACAUAACUAUAAGUAAUGUUUGUUCAGCAAUGAUUGUGUUAGUGUAGCAUCAGCUGCUAAUUAAUAAGAAUAUGAUAGCAAUCUCACUGUCACUGGAUGUUAUUAUAAUACAGGAAAAUGCAAUUCUGCAGUCUCUAUUUGA